AAAAUAUAUUUGAUUUUCAGGCUGAAAAUGGAAAUGUACUGAAGAAUAAAAUGGAGGUUCGACGGAUGAGACCUAAGCCUAAAAUAUCUCCCCUGGAUCGGAAAAUUAAACCUAAUCCUAGAUACAGUGCAGUUGAACCUGUAGUCAAUACAGGCAGUAAUCUCAGAACUGAGCUCGAAAAGUUAGACGAAAUUCAUCAAUUUUACAAAUUUCGAAAUGACGAAAUCUUUCGGCGGAUAACCAUCAACAAUUUGGUGAGUUUAAUGAUAGAAGUUUGUAAGCUUGAACACCAGCUGUAUCCUGGAGUACCUGGAGUAACUGGAGAUGAAACUCUCACUAAGAUACCAGACUACUCCAGUGAUAGUGAAGAGGAUACAGAGAAUAAGGUUGAAGAAGAUCCUGAUAUAGAUACAUUAAUCAGAAGCCAGUUCAAUCCGGAGAAAUCCAAACCUUCCAGUAGAAAAGGAACUGCUAGAUCUGUAACUAGUGUAACUAUGGGGGUCGGAGAAAUGGAUAGAACGUCUCCGGUCAUACCGGAGGAGACUCCGAUCCGUCCCUUCCUCCUCCUGGAUCUCCGGGAUACUGAUCUUUUCUCCAGAUCUCACAUCAGCCUAGCGGUCAACUAUCCAGCCAUUAGGUUAAACCGAGCAUUUGAUUACGAAACCAGAGAGAUGCUUCGGCUGAAGAAUAAGAAGAAUGCUGUAAUUGUUCUUUACGAUGAUGAUGAGAGUAUUGCCAGCAGGUGUGCCACUACUCUAACUCAGAGAGGAUACGAUAAUGUGUUCUUAUUGAGUGGAGGGCUUAGAGUAGCUACCCUUAGAUAUCCAGAGUCAUUAGUGUCAGAUAGGGACCUGAAAGGUAUAGAGGAAGGAGAUAUAAUGGUUCUAGAAAAACUUCUUGAAGAGAAUAUUGUGAAGGGUUCCAGCUCCUUCAGUAGUAGGUUGACCGGAAGAAUGGGAAGCAGACGAAGUGUAGGAACUAGUUACCGGAGUCUCAGCCUGGACCGAGUUCAUAGCUCCGGGAUGAGCAGUACAUUGGAUCGGGGAAACAUGAACCGAAGAAUGAUAUUUGAUGCUCCGGUUCGAACCUCAACUGCGCUCGGGAAGAAGCUAAACCGGUUUCUUUAGAUUUACAAAAUCAAACGGAUAGAAAUAUUUUAGUUAUUAUUCAAUGUUUUUGUAAAGGCGUUGUAAGCGUAAUUUAUUGGGACCCUCACUGCAAACAUGCCCAAACGGAGGUUGCCAGCUUGCUUUAAACGGAGGGUCACAUGAAAUCACGCGUACAGUCCCUUAAAGUUUUUAAUUUUUUAAUUUAUCCCCACUGUUUACAUACCAGGAAAAUCUAAAUCUAUGAUUUCUCAUUCUACUGUGGUCUGUGUACAGGAUACGGGUGGGGGGUGCACUGCGCACUUGCAGUUUUACCAAAUGUAAAAUUCCUUUAAAUUAAUCAAAAUGUGUUUCAUGAAUGAAAUCCAGUGAAUGAUCAAAUUAUAUGGAAUAGAAAUCAGUUUUGAAAGCUUGAAUUCUCUUUUAAUAACAGUAAAAUCCACAAAAUGUAUGUCUAUGUAGAAACCUUGUGCAGUGCAUAAUUUUGACAUAUGAACAGUUUAGACACUAUAUAUAGUAUACAGUACACCACUCUCAUUGUACUAUGUACAUUUUACAAUGCACAUCGUACAACACUAGUUGAAUCAUCUUUUUGUUUAUUUAGUGUUUUGUAGUCAAGUUAAUCAACCAAUCAAAGAUCUCUAAAUUGUGAUGAAUUUAAAAAUAGUUAUUUAUCAAUUGUAAUGUACAAUGACAAUCCUGUUUUAUAAUAUCUCAAAAGUAUCAAAAUUCGCGAAUAAGUUGAAAUGUUUUUGUAAGCUAUGUUCAAAAAGUAAAAAAUUAUUUUGCCAUUUGAGAUCGUACACAGCUAUUGAUAAUAAUUUUAAAAAGAAUCUUCUCUCUAACAAUUCAGCUAAGAAGCUCAUAAAAUGUGAUCUUUUGUUCCGUCCUAUAUUGUCAUGUGCCGUCCUUGGUAAAGUUCCACACAACACGUGACUGAUCCAUCACAAAGACAAAAAUAAAAACUUUUGCAAUUAAAUAUUUCAGAAA